ACAUAGGAGCUGCCUGCCUUUGCCUGGUAAAGAGGCCCAACAAGGUAGUGGGGGAAACUGUGGUAGAGGAGUAGCUCUGGAGACUGAUAUUCAGACCUAGACUAAACGGACUAGCUACCUGAUGGAUAGUAGACUGUCUACUCUCUGAUGGCUAGGAUCUAGGUGUGAACUGAAUCUGGGGAGGGCAAAAGGAUCUCUAGCCUGGGCCUAGGGUACUUGGGGGUUAGUCCUGCUGCCUACCACUGUGAUCUUGGGGGGAAACACCCUUCAAGGGCAACAGCAGGACAUGAGUGAUCAGGAAAGGGAGACAGAAGAGGAUGAAGGCGUUACCUCAGACACGGCACCCAUGCUACCCCGAAGAAGGCCUACCGAUUACCACAUCUCAGUCCUGGCCACCCAAGGCCUCAGGACCCUGAUGCUGUCUGCCCGGGCCCUAGCUGGGUUCCUGCUUCAUCUGCUGCUGCCUGGGACAGUCUUCCUGCUGGUAUUGCUGCCAGCAGCUGCCGUUGUCUACCUGGGAUUCCUGUGCCACUCGAGGGUUCAUCCAGCCCCGGGUCCACGUUGCAGAGCGCUGCUCUCAGACCGUGGCUCCGCGGCGCUCAUAGUGUUCGGAUUCCUCUCUCUGCCGCCGCUUCUGGUGCUCGCCUCCGCCGCCCGCUCCCUCCUGGUCCGGCGACUACACCUUGUACUGCCUACCCCCGCGAGGACCCCCGACCCGCGCCGCCUGCCCAGAGGCAGCGAAGAUCUGGCGGACGAGGAGAAACACCUUUGUGCUUGGGUCUGACGCCUCAAAGGUCUCUCCCAGUUCUAUUCGCUUGACCCCCAUAAAGUGGAUGACGGCCGCCUUGGGGCUCUGAGCGCAGUGUUCGAAGUCUCCAGGAGGUGGCAAUCGGGUCCCUCAGAAGAGGGAGAAAAGGUGUCCCUGGAAGAAAGGCGUUUGUUCUCCAUCCCCUCAUGUGGUCCAUAGCCAGCUUUGCAGCCAUCUAUGUGCCCCGCAAACCAUGCAUAAUUCUAGAAGCUCCAGUGUAGCCAGUAACAACCAGACUUAAUGGCUCAUCUUGUUGGGUCAGUUGAGUCCUCCAAGGUCAGCCAUGACCUUGUCCAGGACGAAGAUCAGUUGGGUCCAUGGUCAAACUAUUAUCAGAUCAGGUUUGAGAUAGGAUCUGGGAUCAGUGAUUCAGUGUAAGUGCAGGGUCAGCAUGCCGUUGUAGUUAAUAUAUAGUUUAUUUUUGUUUUAUGUGCAUUGAUGUCUUUUUGCCUGCAUGUGUGUGUCUAUGUGAGGGUGUCACAAGCCCUGGAAGUUACAGACAGUUGUGAGUUGCAAUGGGGGUUCUGGGAAUUGGACCUGGGUCCUCUGGAAGAGCAGCCCAUGAUUUCUUCAGCUCCUAAUACUCAGCUUGCAUUCAGGGUCAGGUAUCCAGAGCUGUAUCCAUGAACUAGAGCUCAUCCCCUGACCAGGGUUCUUUCUUCUGAGACAAGCAGCAGAGUAAGAGCUCAUUUUACAACGUGAGUAAAUUUAAGAUUUCGAAUAUCUUAAAAUAUUCAAUAUUUUAAAUAUCUUUGUAUUUGGCAUGCUACAGUUUUACUAAUAUUCUCCUACGUAUUCAUAAAUUAUCAUCCUCCUUCCCCUCCCUGUGUCCUAUCUUCUCCUUUUCCUGGGCCUCAUAUAUACUAGAACUAGAAUAUCUUACUUAUUUUUAUUUUUGUAGAAUAUCUUACUUAUUUUUAUUUUUAGUAGUCCUAGGAUAAACUUAGGUGAGCUAUAUAUCUACCACUGAGCUAUAUAUCCUUAGCCAUGAAUAUAUUUUUAAAACUUAAAUUAUUUUUAAAAUUUAUUAUUUUUGAAUUUUAUUUGUAGACCAGGCUAGCCUUGAACUCAGGGAAUCUGCCUGACUCUGCCUCCCAAGUACUAGGAUUAAAAGUGUGUGCUA